AUUUCUCUAUCUCCUUUUUGUUCUCUGCUCUACCAAAUUAAUUGCACAUAAGCUAAAGGGGCUUUAUUUGUAAUCCCUAGCUGGCUGUUCCUUGCACACUGCUCCCGAGGCACAGUGCAUGGCCAGCCCAGGGACUUGUGCUGUGCUUGGAGCUGUGUGCCAGGUCAGGAUGGGCUGCAGCACCACGGGACCACGACUGCUGACAGCCCCAGCUCAAAGCUGGAGGAAUCAUGAGAGCUGUGCAGCCUCAUGCUGUGCUUUUGCCAUCAUCUGUAAAGCACACCAAAGGCACCAGCUCUGCUAUGGACCCCUAUGGCCCAUCCUUGCUUAGCGAUGGGUGUCUUUAGCCUGUCCCCACACUGCAACCUUUGGUCUCAUCCUUGCUGGGCUGGGAGCUGCAGACACAGCAGCUCAUUGGUGUUUCUGUGCACGUGUGGUUUCCGGCAGCUUCGCUCCCCACGUUAACCCACAGCUGUGCAGUGAGCAGUGCUGUGGUUUGCUCCUGGUUUCCUGCAGGCGCACAGGGACAGCCCAGCUGCUGCUCUGCUGUGGUGCUGGGGAGUUCUGCUUGCCCAUUGCCCCAGCAUCGCCUCAGCAUUUCCUCCACGAAGUAACCUGAACUGCAAAUCUUUGCUGGCAUGGGAUGGCAACAGCUGCAGCCACACUGACGGCUGACAGAAAGGACAAGGAGAUCUGAAACCCUAUAGCAGCACACAGCCCCCUGGCUAGGCAUUCCCUGUCACAGGGCUCUGCCUGGCUUCCUGGGAACGAAGUGAGCCCUUUGAAUUUUCUCUGUGCCCCUCAGGUCCCUGUGCCUCAGAGCACCGUGUUACUCAGAGGGUAGGUAUGCUGCACUGCUCAUAGGGCACACUUCGGGGCUGUGCCAAGGGCUUUCAGAGCCAGUUCCACAGCAGAAGUGCUGGGCGGCUGCUGUGUGCUCCAAAGCACCCAGGAAAUGCCUGUGUCUACAAACAGGAACAACAAAAAUACACUUUUCUUUCAGAUGUUUGUAGGAACUAAGUAAAAUUUUUCAGCUCAAGAGGACUUCCCGUCCAUAGGAGGAAAUCCCAGGUCCCGGGAUGGGAGCAGGGAGCCUUAGCAAACCUCCUCUGGGUAUGGGGAGCAUUUUGCACGCGUCUGUGAUGAUGGUGCAGGCAGAGAUAGCAGAUGGACAGAUUCCAGCCCUGCGUUGCACAAGGCCCUGCACUAAGGAUGUUUGGGCCACAUGCGUUGUGUCCAGCAGAUCAUCAUGCAGAGACCAGUAUGGAUUUCAUCCCAGAAAAUCUCUUCCUUUGCAGGAAACUUUCAGCUGCAUCUCUGAAUGAUAAAUGAACGGAGAGCCAUCCCUGCAGCAGUUCAGGUGUUGCAACCACACGCAGCUGAGCACCAUGUGGUGUGGAUGCCCCAUGCCAGAUGCAGGUGGGAUGUGGGCACUGGCAGAACUCAGCCCACCCACGGGGAGCCCCACAACUCACAUCCCCUCUUCCAGGCGCCUGCGUAUGCUGGAGCAUGGGGGCAGGACACAAAUGCCUCUGCAGAUAACAGCAGUGCCCCGUCAGCUGCCGUGUCCAUCUUUGGCCAGCUCUCCGGUUACCAACCACCUCCUCCAGCUGCCUCCAAAGAUAGGCAAAGCCACCUCCCGGCCCCUGUGCUGGAAACUACGGGGAAACAGAGGGGAAACUGUGGAGGGGGAUGAGAUUGAUGGGAUUUUUGUUGGAGUGAAAGGCACUGCGUGCCUGCCUGAGCCAUGGCGCUGCUGUGCUACAACAAGGGCUGUGGGCAGAGGUUUGAUCCUGAGCACAACUCCGAGGAUUCCUGCCUGUAUCACCCGGGCGUCCCCAUCUUCCAUGAUGCCCUGAAGGGCUGGUCUUGCUGCAAGAAGCGCACAACAGACUUCUCUGAGUUCCUCUCCAUUAAGGUGAGUGGCUCACACUGGAUGGCUCCUGGACUGGGUUUCCUUGUCUGCACCUGGGUUCUGCCUCCUGGAGAGCAGUGUCACAGCAGCUGGGACCUCCCCUCCAUGCAGCACUUCCCCAUGUGCCAGCACAGCUGUGGUGGUCUCUGCAAGACACAGAGACACCAGGUCAGAGAUAGGAUUUGGGAGCAGGUUAGAAAGGGGAAAGCAAACAUCAGGCUUGUCUCUGCUGCUCAGGGAUGCACAAAGGGGUUUCACAGCAAGGAGAAGCCUCCUGAGCCUUCCCAGGAAGAGACCUCAGACCAGCCAAAGGCCAAGCCAAUGGCAGAGAUCAUCGUCCAAGGACCAAAAUCAGCUGAGAAGAUGCAGCGGGAAAGACCAAGCUCUGAUGAGCCACGACAACUGCUGCCAAUCAAAGUAUCUAGAUCUCUCGAGCAAGCACUGGAGAAACUGAGCCUGUCUCCCAACAACAAGGAGCCCAAGGGCGACUGCGCAGGUACGAUGAGCCCUGGAGCAGGGGUUGCAGGAAGGGCUUGGGGCAUGCUGUGUGUCCCUGAGCAAAGCUGUGGUGUCCUUGCAGGGGAGGCAGCUGCCCAGGUGAGAGCUGGCACCACCUGUAAGAACGCAGCCUGCAAGGCGGUCUACCAGGGGCCAGAGAGCAACACAGAGGUUUGUACUUUCCACCCUGGUGUUCCCGUCUUCCACGAGGGGAUGAAGUACUGGAGCUGCUGUGGGAUCAGAACGACGGACUUCAGUGCCUUCCUGGAGCAGCCGGGCUGCAGCACGGGGCGGCACUGCUGGAUGGGAAAGGCGGACAAGAAGGCGGUGUCAUGCAGGCAGGACUGGCACCAAACCAGCAGCCAAGUGGUGGUGACAAUCUAUGGCAAGAACCCUCUGCCCACCCUCAGCACUGUGAAGGCCAACCGCACUGUGCUUGAAGUUCACGUCAUCUUCGAAGGGAAUAAGAUUUUCCAGGCAGAACUUGAUCUCUGGGGGGUCAUCGAGACACACAAGAGCUUCGUGAGCAUGGUUCCCUCCAAGGUGGAGAUCACGCUCUGUAAGGCCAACCCCGGGGCCUGGGCCAGGCUUGAGCAUCUCCAGAGCAAGGCCUGCGCUCAGGACGAGCCGGAGAAGGCGGCGGUGAGCACGGAGGAGCCCGAGGAGGACUCGGAUGACAGCCUGAGCUGGUCAGAGGAGGAGGACGAAGAGAUGGAAGCAGCCAACAGCGCGGCGCCGCGGAGGGGCUCUGCAAGAGCAGACGGAGCCCUGGGCAGCCCGUAGGGAUCACAAGGGACGAGUAAUAAAAGCACAAAGCGGAGCCAACGCGGCGAUAUCACGAUAUCACUGACAUUGAGGGCCGUUCGACCCCCCCCUCCCCCAUUUCCCCGUCCCCGGAGCCAUCGAGAUGACGCCGCUCAACCAGAGCGUCCCCAUCUCGUAUCGAGCGCCCCCUUGCGGAGCCGCCGGCGUAACGUUGCGCUUGCGCGUUGCGCAUGCGCGCGGCGGGGUGCGGCCGGUUCGCGGGUUCGCCGCCCCGUGAGCAGCGCGGCCGCCGGCGGCGCGUGAGGUGAGCGGGGAGCGGCGGCGGCGGCCGCGCGGUGCUUCCGCUCGUCCGGUCCUCGCCGCGAAGGGGCAGCGAGGCCUUUAGGGCCGUUUUACCUCGUGGCCGUGGGGAAGGACGGAGGGCGGGAGGCGGCCGCUGUCAGCGCGGGGCCGGCCGUUCCUCGGGGCGGCGCCGGCUGAGGGGCGGCGGGAGCGGCUCCGAAACGCGGG